GGUGUUUGGACUCGCGAGUAUUGUCCUGAGGUCGAGUGAAAUACCUGGCGAGCGAAGGGAACCUAAGAAUGUUGGAUGUGUUGUGGGAACUUGGCACCUCUGCUUGAGGCGAGAUGGAUGACCUGGCUCUGCUGGACCUGCUGGAAUGCCCGCUGUGCUUCGAGCGGCUGGACGUGACGGCCAAGGUGCUGCCGUGCCAGCACACCUUCUGCAAGCCGUGCCUCCGGCGGCUGGCGGCAUCGCGCACGGAGCUGCGCUGCCCGGAGUGCCGCGCUCCCGCGCCCACCGGGGUCGAAGAGCUGCCGGCCAACCUGCUGCUGGUGCGGCUCCUGGAGGGCCUCCGCCAGGGGCCGGGAGGACCCGCCAGGGCGGGGUCGGGCAGGCACGCCGUACCCGCCGCUCAGGACGAAGCGCGGAGAACCAGAGAGGCGAGGUAUUCACACCCCACCCAGCGCAGGCAGACGCAGGCGCGUCGCAACCCUCUGGACGGGGUUCCAUGGGCCAGAGCCCUGUACAAUUACAAAGGAAAUGUCCCGGGAGAACUCAACAUGAAAUCCGGUGACAUCAUCAUACUGCGCCGGAAGGUGGACGAGAACUGGUACCACGGAGAGGCCAACGGCAGCAGCGGGCUGGUCCCUGCAAGCAUGGUACAGGUGGUCAAUCAGCUGCCACAGCCCCUGCCCCUGUGCCGUGCCCUCUACGACUUUGAUAUCAAGGGUAAAGACGAGGAAGACUCCAAGGACUGCCUGUCAUUCCUCAAGGGAGACAUUAUCACUGUGAUUAGGCGGGUGGAUGAGAACUGGGUUGAAGGGAAGCUGGGAGAGAAAGUUGGGAUCUUUCCUCUACAGUUCACUGAGCCCAACUCCGCGGCGGCGAAACUCCUGGAGAAGAGGAAGGGAGGUGGGACAGCGGAAUCUCGGCUUCGGACCGGGACCGGGAGCUUGGCGGAGCCGUCGGGUGGUCGCAGGCUCUCCCCCGGGACCCCCCGGAGCCCCUUGGUACCCACUGCCCCAAGCACCCAGAACCGCCUCGCCCACCCUGUCCAGGGCCCUCCGGACGACCGGCAGCCCCCCGACAUCAGCCCCCCCACCUUCCUGGGCUCCAGCAACCCCGCUCUGGUGGCCCAGGUGGGCGAGAUUCACACCGAGGUCAACAGCAGCAUCCCACCACAGGUGUCUGCUGCAGCCCCAGGUGAAAGAAAGGCCAGCGGUGAGCUCUCACCCACAAUUGCCAUGGCGCUGAUCAACCCCCAGCCCCUCUCAGCCUCAGCGGAGAGCAAGCAGACCUCAGCCCAGCAGCUCUCCAUCAGUGUGUGCGCUGUGCUGUACUCCUACACACCCCGCCGUGCAGAGGAGCUGGAGCUGCGGAAGGGCGAGAUGGUGGGCGUGUACGGGAAGUUCAAAGAGGGCUGGCUGCGGGGCCUCUCCCUGAGAACGGGCAAAGUGGGCAUCCUGCCCGGUAACUACGUGACACCAGUGCUGAGAACCUCUGCUAGGUUCCUGGAUCCCAAGUCUUCCCUCCUCUCCCAAAACGCGGUUGCCGGGAAGAGGCCCGCGACGGGCAAGCCCCAGGCAGCUAUCCUCCCCCUGGAUAGAGUUACCACCAGCGGGGCGACCAGGCCGGCCGGGCAGGCUCCCCUGGUCGCCAUGGCAACGCCGCCGGUGAUGUCAUCGCCUGGCACGCUGAGAGCGGCCCAGCAGGAGGGGGUGCAGGGGCGGAGCUCCACAAGACGGCCCUUCCACUCUGCGCACAGGGGGCCGUCUCUGCAGGGAGGCCUCCACUCUCGGGUCCCGGCUGCAGCGGUGGUCCGCCCCCAGCAGCCGCAGCCCUCGGGGGGCCCGCUGCAGAUGCAGGGGCUUGCCUGCGGUCCCGCUACGCAGAGGAUCAAGCACGGCCUUCCAGAAAAUCCCAUCAGGCCCAUGUGCUGGGUUUCUGAGGCAGCAGCGCCCUCUGCUGGCGACUCACUGAUACUGGAGCAGCGAGACGUCAGUCCCAAAGAGGUGCCAGAGAGACAGGCCUCUGUUGGACCCCAGUCUAUCCUGGUUAAACCGGACGCUCACAAGAACAAUUCAGACAAGCCCAUCAAAUCAGUGCGGUUUCUCACCCAAGAGGGCUCAGUGGCUGGAACAAGGACAGUCUCUUUGCCUCCUGGGGGCCAGGGCAGCUCCAACAGCCAGUCUGUGGGUCCAGUUUUGGAGGCUUGGGCCAGCCAGGGCCCUAUGGUUCACCUGGCGACGGGCUCCAUGCUCAUGGACGGCAGUGCAACAGCACUCAAGAAGAGCACAGCAUACGACUCUGCUGCCGUAGAUGGCAUACUGCCCAGCCUGAAACCGGCCUCCUCUUCAGCUAGCCAGCCCAAUGCCUGCAGACACAGGGUGGUGAUGCCGUACACCGCCCAGAGCGACGCGGAGCUGCACCUGCGGGAGGGAGAGCUGGUGCUGGUGCAGAGGCCCCGGCAGGAUGGCCGCGUCCUGGUGACCCAGGAGAAGAGCGGCAAGACGGGCCUGUUCCAGAGCGGCGUGAUGGAGGCGCUGGAGAAGCUCAGCUGACCGCCCGCGGGGACACCGCGGAAAAAACGCCCGGUCCGGCGUGAAGGAGGAGCCAGUCCCUUACACCGUCCAGAGUCGCUCACGGACAGCGUUACUCCAUUCCACGUCACACUUGAAUUAUAGUCGCAAGCAAAACCCAAAGACACCUUUUUGCAAAAAAACAAAAUGGAAUAUUCAAAAUACUGUCUUUAAAAGCUUGGUGUUCCACUGUUUAAAUGAGUCUCUGCAUUUAGAUACUUAUUAGAGCUGUGUUGUGUUGCAGCGUAAUAAAGUGCGUUAAGUGUUCCUCAGUCCUGGUUCACUGUGCUUGCUGGCUGCUACUCUGAGCUCCAUCUGGCCUCAGUUAAUUAGGUUUGUUUGAGCUCUUCAUUGAAUAAUUACCUAGUUCAACAUUCACCAUCUUUGUACAACUGUGCUAGCUAACUUUGCUGGGAAAUAAAUAUGUUUUUGGAGGUGUAUGUGUUUCUAUAAAAGGAAAAGGUAAAGAGGUGUAUAAUGCUUCUAUAAAGAUAAAACAUAGGAGGUAACUUUCUUUGGGCAGCUUUCAAAACUGAUUAUGUGUAGUUCUUAGCGUAGAUGUUUGAGGUCCCUGCAGCAAUUACUGGACUGCACAACCUAGUUAAUUAUAUAUGGUGACAAUAUCCUAUAUUACAAAAUUAAGGGGCACAGGUGAACAUGAAUAAGGAGGGAAAGGCCUUUACUUUUGUUUUAUUAGCACAAGCCUCCAACUACACAAUGCUUCCAUAGCAGACUAGUAAAGGAAAACUUUCAGAAGAUCUCAGACACAGAUCACUCAGUCAAGUUGGAGUGAAAACCAGCACACACACUGGGCUGCCAGGACCAGGACUGAAAAAUGCUGAAAUAUAGGUCAAUAGAAAAAGUCGUGACACUGGUUGCUUCUUCCAAGGUUUGCUUUUUUAAACUGAAACAGUUGUGACUUGCAUUGUUGUAAAAAUGGUACAUUAGAAACCUUUAGAUUACAGGCAGUAUUUCAUGUGGAUGCCAUUGUGAUGUAUUGCCACUGUGUGCGUUAUCAGCCUUCUUACGUUAUUGCAAACCAAAGUCUUUGAAGCUGAAAAAUCACAAAGCUAAUAGUAACGUGAACGCC